AUGUUGUCCAACUCUUUUUUUUCAAUUAUGACCACCGAAAUUAAUAAAAAACCAAUUUGUCCAUACGGCAAUGAAUGUUAUCGUAAAAAUCCAUUACAUUUAAACGAAUUUAGUCAUCCAUCAUCUAAUAAACGUCAACUAAAUAAUGAUGGUGAUAAUCAAGCAAUUACAAACAAACAUAAAAAACGAUCUACAAUCGAUGAUGUAAUCCAUGAAUGUUAUGGUUUUUUUCUAAAUUAUCUACCCGAUCGAUUAAAUAAUCGUUUAUCGAAUCGUUAUAAAACAAUCAGCCUUAAAGCUAUAUUAUCGAAUGAAAAUGGAAAAAUUCUGGAAUCGAUUCAUUUUAAUUAUAUUUAUGAUCUUGAAUGGCUUAUUGCACAAUAUCCUAUUAAUUGUCAAAUGAAUCCGAUUGAUAUAGUUUUUGGUGAUCGAAAUGAUGAUAAUUUUGUUGAUCUAUUAAAAAUUGAAUCAUUAUCAUAUUCGAAUGUAAAAUUGUGUCCCGUUAAAAUGGGUGGGAUAUUUUCUUGUCAUCAUUCUAAAAUGAUAAUUUUACGUUAUGAAGAUUCUAUUCGUAUUAUUAUUCUUACAGCUAAUAUGAUACCAAUGGAUUUUUAUGCUGUUACUCAAGGAAUUUGGAUUAGUCAAAAGUUACCAAAGAAAUCAAACAAAGAAGAAGAAGAAAAUCAAACAUCGAAAACAAAUUUUAAAAAUGAUCUGAUACAAUAUUUAACUCAUUAUAAGAAAACAACUGUUGAUAAAUGGAUUCAAAUCAUUGGUGAUUAUGAUUUCUCAAGCAUCAAUGUUUUCCUGAUAGCAUCGGUACCCGAUUCACAUCAAAAUAAUGAUCGUGAAUCAUUUGGUCAUUUAAAAAUCAGAAAAAUAUUCAAAACCAACCGAUUUGGACCUACAGAAGAAACAAAUAAUUGGCCAAUAAUUUGUCAAUUCAGUAGUAUUGGAUCAUUAGGUCCAACAAAAGAAUCAUGGUUAACCGGACAAUUUUCAGCUUCAUUAUCUUCAUUAUAUAAUGAUUUUAGUGGUAUUAAACCAGAAAUUAAAUGUAUAUAUCCUUCGAUUGAAAAUAUAAAAAAUUCAAUAGAAGAUACUGGAAGUUCAUUUCCAUAUCGAAAAUCAACAGCAGAUAAACAAUUAUAUUUGAAUGAUUUUUGUCAUAAAUGGAAAGCAACCAUCAAUAAUCGUAAUGAUGUUAUGCCACAUAUAAAAACAUAUCUUCGUCUUUCACCUGAUAAUAAAGAAAUGUCAUGGUUUUGUCUUACAUCGGCUAAUCUAUCAAAAGCUGCAUGGGGACAAUUAAUAGGAAAUGGAUCCAAAUUGAAAAUCUUAAAUUACGAACUUGGCGUAUUAUUUCUACCUAAAUUAAUGAUAAAUCGAAAUUCAUUCAGUAUUGAUAGCCAAAAUAAUAAUCCUUAUUCAUUUCCAUUACCGUAUGAUCUUCCUUUGGUUAAAUAUGAUAAAAAUGAUAAACCAUGGGUCAACAACUGAAUCAAAUACUUUCAACAUAUGAAAUUGUUAUUCUUGUUAAUCAUAUUCAAUCACGUGUGUUCAAUUACGUUUUA